UGUGUGUGUGUGUUAAAGGAAAGGAGUGAAUAGGGAAUGGAUACUGACCAGUUAAAGUCUGGAACAGAAGAUCAGAUGGAGAUGAUGAUGAUGAUGAUGGACAAGCUUCCCGAGUUCUAUGGUGCCUAUAAUGAUGUUGCUGAUUUAGCCCCGCCACCUGAGUUUCCUGGUGCAACUACUAACACUAACAGUGCCGGCUCUAAUGCUAUCCUGAAUUUUAUCGAUAACCCACAUAUUGGAAGCUCGCCUCCUUUUAUGGCUUCACAAUCUAAUUUACCAUUCACUAGUAAUAAUACCCCAAUUCAAGAGGAUUCUCCCCCACCUGCUUUCCUAUCAAAUCCACCCACGGCAAGAUGGAGAAGUGUUGGAGAAUUCCCUGGUCCAAAUGCUUAUUCUACACCAUCACAGAAGAAGAAUUCAAUGGCAGCAAUGAGGGAGAUGAUAUUUCGAAUCGCAGCCAUGCAACCAAUCCACAUAGACCCGGAAUCAGUGAAGCCACCAAAGCGUAGAAACGUGAAGAUUUCAAAAGAUCCUCAAAGUGUGGCUGCACGCCAUAGAAGGGAAAGGAUAAGCGAGAGAAUAAGGAUACUUCAAAGACUAGUCCCUGGAGGUACCAAAAUGGACACAGCUUCCAUGUUAGAUGAGGCAAUUCACUACGUGAAAUUCUUGAAGACCCAAGUGCAGUCCCUGGAGAGGGCUCAAGCUAAUAGAUCAUCGUCAGCUGGGAUAGGAUUCCCCGUGGCAAUGUCCAGUGGGAGUUACCUUCCUAUGGGAAAGGCUUUAGAGUACCAGCAGGAGCCUCCACAUCAAAAUGUUCAACAUUAUGAAGAUGCUUAAUUAAUUAACUCAUAGAGUAAGUGAAUAUUAUAAUCCAAAUAUUUAUAUAGUUAAUGUUAAUUUUAGCUUGAUGGGGUUGUAAAAAGCUUAAUUAUUUAUGCAUUAAUUGCCAUUAUUAGCCUGUAUUUGACAAUCUCAGAACCAGAGAGAAGAGCCCAACUGUUCAAAGCUUGUAGGUAAAUAUUUUUAUUUGAAUUAAUGCGUCUUAUUUUAUUUGUUAUUAUUAUUA